AGAAAAGAGACGCACAGAGUUGGGCUCAGUCUGUACAAAGGCGACAGAGAGAGCUGACGGCAAUGACCAGGGCAAAGCUGCUCCUCCUUCUCACGCUGCUCAUUUACCAAGACGCUGCCGGGGGGCCGCUCUACGGGGGGAAUGAGGAGGGUCUGGGACUGGAGGAGAUUGCGGGCCCAGAGACAAGUUACCCAGAAGGAGACCCCCAGGAGAAGAGUGAGUCCUAUGAGCUGUUCUCCAAAGCUGACGCUCUACGCUGGCCAGGUCGCUCCAACAUCUGCUACUUUAUCCGCCAGGGGAGAUUAGAGAGUCAGCUCUCCUGCCACCUUCGUUUCACCAGGAGCAAAUUUAACUUUAACCCUUUCGGACUCCGUUUCGGGAAGCGAGAGACUGAUGUCCCACCUGCUGAAACUGAAAGACAAACGGAUAAUGUGCUCCGGGGGCUCCGGGGAGACUUGUUCAAUCCCUUUAUUUAGAGUCUUUUGUAAUUAAAGGUAAAACACACUCAGAUAUUUUGUAUCCAGAACAGGGGGCGUGGCCUAUGUCUACUGUGUAUUGUGCUGCUUUUGGUUUACUUUGCCUUUAUCUUUCCAAUGUCUCAUUAAGUGGCAUCUCCUCUCCAUGUUGGUGGUGGGCUCAGAGCUCAGCCGGACCCCCGGCACAAGGACUCUUUCAAUGGACACAAAGGGGGGCUUUUUUGUACCCCUAAGUGUCGUAGCAGAGUCCAGGGUCAGAACUAAUUACCUACACAUUUCUCAAAUGUCUCAUAUCCCUCCAAUAUUCUGCCCUGAGACCCCCGGUACUAAUACAGGCAGCAACUCCCUGGCACCUGCAGAAAAUGCCUGAAUACCCCAACUCCCUGGACUCAAGCUUUAAAGGGGCUGUUCACCUUUAAAUUAGCACGAUGGAAGAUAAGUUGUAGUUGGUUAUCAGUUUUUAUUAUUUGUGGUUUUUGAGUUAUUUAGCUUUUUUUUCAGCAACUCUCCAGUUUGUCAUUUAAGUAGUCUGGUUGCUAGGGUCUGAAUUCCCCUAGCAACCAUGCAUUGACUGGAAUAUGAACAGGAGAGACCUGAAUAGAAAGUAAUAAAACGUAGCACUAACAAUACAUUUGUACCCUUACAGAGUAUUUGUUUUUUAGAUGGGGUCAGCGACCCCCCUUUUGAAAGCUGGAAAGAGUCAGAAGAAGAAGGCAAAAAGCUAUGAAAAAAGAA